UCUCUCUCUCAUCCGCAUACUCGUUGCAGGUCAAGAAAGUUUAAGUUGUGUGUACCGUGACCUCGGCGUGUGUGUACGUGUGUGCGUGUGUGUACGUGUGCGUUCGUAGAUGUGUAACAGCAGGAAAGUGAUGAGAAAAACAAGAGAAUGAAGAAGAUAAUAAAAUAAUAACAAGAAGAGAGGAGAAGGAAGGAAGAGAGAGGAGGAGGAGGAAGAAGAAAAGGAGGUAGAACGUGAGGAAAAAGACAAAAAAUAGGAAGAAGGAAAGAAAGGAAAAAUAAUUAGGAAAGAAGAAAAAUGAAAAAGGGAAAGGAGGAAGACAUAGAAGAAGGUAGAGGAGGAGGAGGAGACAGGGUAAAUAAAUGAAAUAAAAGGAGAGAACAGAAAUAAAAGGAAAAAUAACUGAAUAAAGAAAGAAAACCAAAGUAAAGUAAAGAGAGGAGGAGGAGGAGAAGUAAAGAUAUUUUGUGUAGUGAAGCAGAAGGAGGAGGAGGCAGAGGAGAAGGAGAAGAGACAAAUAAAUAAAGAAAGGGAGAGAGCAGAGAUAAGCGAAAAAAAUGAAUAAAAAAGAAAGAAAAGUAACCAAGUAAAGUAUAAACAGAAGGAAAAGUAAAGCUAUUCUGUGUAGUGAGGCAGACGGAGGCAGAUAGAUAAAUAAAAGACAGGGAAAAAACAGAGAUAAAAGAAAGGAAUAACUGAAAAAAGAGAGGGAAAAGAAACAAAAGAGGAGACAUGAAGCUUAAGAAAUGACACCAAGAAAGAGAACAUAGAUAAAACAAAAGAAUAACUAAAAUAAAGAAAGAAAAGAAAACAAAAUAAAAUAUAAAGGGGAGGAAAAGAACUAAAGCCAUUCUGUGUAGUGGUGGUGGUGAGGGUGGUGAUGGGGUGUAUGCAGGUGUGUGUUGCUGUCACCUUACCUGUCUGUGUUAUUUGUGUCACCUGUGUUACCUGUUCUCGUGUAAGCUGCCUUCCACCUGAGCCUCCUCCUCAUGCCCGUCAGACCACGACCUCCUACUGUUGACUGGUGUGAAAGGACAGUGACCCCAAUAUGACCCCUGCUGGCCUACUCCUCGCCGCUGCCCUCCUGACCUCCAGCCUGGAGGUGAGGGCGGACGAGGCGGAGUACCGGCUGACGCGCUACCUCAUGAGCAACUACGACAAGAGUGUUCGGCCGUCCCUCAAGGCCACCAUGCCCCUCAACAUCACCUUCGGCCUCGCCCUCACGCAGAUCAUUGACGUGGACGAACGAAACCAAAUCCUGACGACCAACUGUUGGCUAAACCAGAUGUGGCUGGACUACAGUUUACAGUGGAACGCCUCAGACUUCGGCAACAUCCAGGUGAUCCGCUUACCUGCCGAGAAGCUGUGGAAGCCUGACAUCAUCCUUUAUAACAACGCGGACAGCCAGUACAACAACGCCAUCUUAAGCACUAACAUCAUCGUGACCGCGGACGGGAACGUGACCUGGCUCUCCUCCGCCAUCUUCCGCUCCUCCUGCUCCAUCAACGUCGAGUUCUUCCCCUUCGACGAGCAGAAGUGCGUCAUGAAGUUCGCCUCCUGGACCUACGACGGCUUCCAGGUGAACUUGGUGAUCCAGACGGAGGAGGGCGACUUGAGUAACUACGUGACCAAUGGGGAGUGGGACAUGAUGGACAUGGUGGUGGAGCGUAACGUCGUCUACUACUCCUGCUGCGAGGCGCCCUACCCGGACAUCACCUACCACAUCAUCCUGCGACGCCGACCACUCUUCUACGUCUUCAACCUGAUCCUGCCGUGCGUGCUGAUCACCGGCAUCGCGCUAAUGAGCUUCUACAUGCCCAGCGACUCCGGCGAGAAGGUGACUCUCGGCAUCACCACGCUGCUCUCCAUGACCGUCUUCCUCAUGGUGAUCGGCGAGUCCAUGCCGCCCACCUCAGAGAAGCUGCCGUUGAUUGGUCUUUACUAUGGGGUCACCAUCUCGCUCGUCUCCUUCGCCACGGGGCUGUCGGUGGUGACGCUCAACAUCCACCACCGGGGCAUGCGAGGCCGCGAGGUGCCCGCCCUGGUGAAGCGCGUCGUCUUCUGCUACCUGGCGAGGAUCAUGUGCAUCCGCCUCGACAUUCCAGACCCCAUGGGCGGCCAGGGGCACCGCUUCCCGCCGCCCGGUGCCGCGACGACGACCGCUACGACCACAACCACGACGGCCACUGGGGCUCCUCGCGGGCCUGGGGGUGAGUUCGCGUCCCACGGUGACCUGCGAGACCGUCUGCUGGAGGAUGAGACCAAGUGUGAGAACGGUGGCGUGCCCGGAACCAGCCAAGAGAACCUGAGGAGGAGGACCAGCAUUAAGAGGAUGACGAGCGGCCUGCACAGCGCGUCCUGCCCCGCCUCACACCCAUGCCUGGACCACUUCGAGCGUCACUUCCUGCGCGUGCUCAACAAAGUGCACCAGACCAUCGAGAAGAACGAGAUCCGCCUCGCCGAGCAGGACCGACGCGACACUAUCCGCCUGGAGUGGCAGCAGGUGGCGCUGGUGGUGGACAGGUUCCUGCUGUGGAUCUUCAUCAUCUCCACCAUCGGCGCCACCUUCGGCAUUCUCUACAAGUCGCCUCACACUAAACUCUUCACCAUCUGACGCUCCUGCUGCUGUCACUGCUGUCCCUGAGCCUCAUGAUACUGCUGUCUGCUGUUUGCUGUCUGUGUGCGUGCGUGUGCGUGAGUGUGUGUGCGUGAGUGUGUGAGUGUGCACGUCUCCCCCUUCUUAACCUAUCCAUUUUUCCUCUUCCCGUCCCUUCCCCUUUCUUUUUUCUGUUCCUUCUUCCCUCUCUUUCCCGUUUUCUUUUUCCUUCCCUUCCCUUGCCUUCCUUUCUUUCCCUUCCCUUGUCUUCCUUUUUCUUCUCUUUCCUUUCCCUUCCCUUCCCUUCCCUUCCCUGCCUUUUCCUUUCAUUCCCAUCCCUUCCCUUUCUUUCCCUUCUCUUCCCUUCCCUUCCCUUCCUUUUCCUUUCCCUUCCCUUCCCUUCCCUUCCCUUCCCUUCCCUUCCCUUCCCUUCCCUUCCCUUUCCUUCCCUUCCCUUCUGUUUACGAAAUGAUGAUGAUGACCCUCCUCCUCCUCCUCCUCCUCCUCCUCUUCUUUGUGCAUGGAGACCCACCCUAACCACCACCACCAGCACCACCACAAUACCCCCACCACCCCCCACACCCCCACCACCACCACCACCACCACCACUCACGUGCACCACCACCACCACCACCACCAGUGCACUCCCGUAGUAGGUUUCUCCUCUGGACGUUCAUCAUCGCCACCAUCAGCACGACCUUUGGCAUCAUGUAUAUGUCCCCCUACACCAAGCUCUUCACCAUGUAGAGAGAG